AAGAUGUUUGUCUUUCUUUCUUCAGUGGAAAAGAAAUGAAGGUUUUUGAGGAAAACAUUCCAGGAUUUUUCUCCAUAUAGUGGACUUCACUGGGGUUCAACGGGUUGAAGGUCCAAAUGUCAGUUUCAGUGCAGCUUCAAAGAGCUCUACAUGAUCCCAGACGAGGAAUAAGAGUCUUAUCUAGAGAAACCAUCGGACAUUUUCUAAAAAAAUAAAACAUUAUAUACUUUUUAACCACAAAUGCUCGUCUUGCACUGCUCUGUGAUGCUCCACGCAUUACGUAAUCAUGUUGGAAAGGUCACGCGUGACGUAGGUGGAAGUACCGAUCCAGUGUUUACAAAGCGAACGUGCAAAGACUAAGUCAAACGGCCUUUACAAAAAAAGGUAAAACAACGAUGUCGGACGAUUUUGAAGUUGGAGGAGAAAAUGAGAUGGAGAAAACAAAUUGUGCUUAAAGUGAUCCUAAGAAUAUUGUUCCUCUGUGACGUGUGAACUCUGCUAUUAUUUUACAUUUAGAAUGAUUUCUAGAACUUAUCGUCUUUAGUGUAAACGGGCCUGAACUCUUAGUACUCAAGAUCAAAACUACAUCUGAAAUCUAAUUCGAGUGUACUUCUUGAAAGCGUGUAGUGUACUUGAGGUAUGUGAACCAUUGGUCUCAACCUCCAUUUGCUGUGUUUGAACUCGAGGGAUUUUAGACAGCUUCGUGCUCAUAAUAGGAGUGUAGAAACACUGUUUCCAUCCACCUAUUUAUCGCAUCAAAAACUGCUUGAUGGAAACACCAAGAUGCACAUAAAUUAAUUAAAAAACUUAUGCGCUCGUUUGAGUCAGAUAAAUUUUCUAUCCGAUAAGAAAACGUGCAUAAACUACGAUGGAAACAUUUACCGAAUAAAUUCCUCAAUGCGCAUCAAAAAAAAAAAACUUUGCACGAUGGGACAGCAUAACUGAACUAACCAGCAGAAAAAUCUUGUUGCAAAGCAUCUGAAACACUGUUUUGGUCUGUCGUCAGUGUGGUUCGGUAUAAUUCCUCCCAGAACUGCGUUCACAAACAGCAGCAUCCGCCUCUGAAAGCAAGAUAACACGUUUAUUGAGUUUCGUCUGCGCGCUCUUUUAUUAUAUACGAAAAUUAUUAUAUACAGAGGCUUCAUCUACAUUUCUUAGUGAUAUUUAGCACCAGUUUAUCAGGAAGUGACGAUUUUGUUCUCUUUGACUCGCUGGAUGGAAAAUGUAUUUGAAAAUGUUCUAUGCGAUAUUGCAAUUUUGCGCAUAAGUUAAAUUCACAACUUUGGAUGGAAACAGCUACUGUCUCUGAGAUUAUCGAGCGGCAGCUGACAGGUUGAAGGCUUGAACCUGAACCCUUCAUCUGCACAGAUUUCCUCAGAUUGAAGCUAGUUAGUACCUGGUGUGAGGCGGCAGUGAAAGCACAAUGAUUUGUGUACUUGAUUGGUGUGCAAUUGUACUGCUCAGAGAUCGAUCAAGAGCCCAGUUAAUGAUGAGAGUCGCGAGCGCCGCCUAGUGUCUGCAGGUGAUGAUGACACGAUCCGACUCUCAGGAGCUCCAAUCACUUCAGAUCAUAUGAACUUUUGCUGCGCUUCCAUUCGUGCGCAACAGUCAAAGUUCUGAAGUCUUUGACGCGAUCAAGAGUGUUUCCAUUUUCAAAUGUAAUCCGGUGUCACUCCGGUCCUCGAGGGAAUGCCAUUUUCGCGUGAUAUUCCUGACUGUGGUUUAUUCCAGCAUGUGUUUGGAGGCGGAGUGACUGACUGACAUCCAUUCAUCAUAUAAAAGGGAAGUUGAGCAGCUGAACAUCAGAAACUCUCUCUCUCUCUCUCUCUCUCGCUGUCAUAUGAUUGAUCAUGAAUACGGUGAAGGCGCUGAAAAACGCGCUCGUGUGUUUGGUCAUCUUACCGCGAUUUCUCGUCGCCGCGUUCAUGCUGUGGUGUCUUGAUUUUCUGUGCGUGAGAAAGAGAGUUUUAUUCCAUCACGGCGAGGAAGAGGAGGAGGAUGAAGACCCUCCGCUGUGCGUCUCCGACAACAACCGCAUGUUCAGCUGGGAGUCGCUCAAAGCGGUUUUCCACGGACACAAGCUGGACUGGAUGAAGUCCGCGCGCCUCGGCCACGCAGCGCCCAACAGUGAAGUGGUUCCGCUCGCGGAGCUCAAGCGCAAACGCAUCCUGGAGUUCGCGCGCGGUCAGCGGCCGCUGGUGCUGAAUUUCGGCAGUUGCAGUUGACCGCCGUUCAUGAAGCGUCUGAAGGUGUUCCAGCGGCUCGUGCUCCAGUACGCGGACAUCGCCGAUGCUCUGGUGGUUUACAUCGAAGAGGCGCAUCCGUCCGACGGCUGGAUCAGUUCCGACGCGCCGUAUCAGAUCCGCAAGCACCGGAGUCUGGAGGAGCGACUGAGCGCCGCGCGGCUGAUGGAGCGCGAGGCGCCGGGCUGCGCGAUAGUGGCCGACAGCAUGGAGAACUCUUCCAACAGCGCGUACGGAGCUUAUUUCGACAGACUUUAUAUCGUGCAGGACGGGAAGGUGGUGUAUCAGGGCGGCAGGGGACCGGAGGGCUACCGGAUCUCCGAGCUCCGACACUGGCUGGAUCAGUACCGCGAGCGUCUGCGCGAUGCCGUGAUUCGACUGUAAAGUGAGGCGACUUUCACGGAGCUGCUGCGGGGAAGAGAAGAGUUUCCCGGGACUGACUGACCUCGUCAUGUGUGUUUCCAGCCGAGCGCAUCUUCUAUGGAGGCUCAUUCCCGCCACAUAAGGAGAAAUAUCACGCUUUUGUCAAUUAUAAUUGACACAAAAAUAUCUAUAGCCAAUUUCGACUUUAAUCUCAAAAUUAUGAUUUAGUACGUCAUAAUUUUUACUUUUUAUCCCACAAUUGCGACUUUAAUCUCAAAAUUAUGAUUUAGUACGUCAUAACUUUGACUUUUUAUCCCAUAAUUUUGACUUUAAUCUCAUAAUUAUGAUUUAGUAUGUCAUGUCAACUCUUUAAGCUCAUAAUUCUAAUUUAGUAUGUCAUGAUUUUGACUUUUUCUCAUAACUUGUUACCUUCGAUUUUUACAUAAAUCAUAACCGCAUGUCAAACCGUUUUAUAUCAUAAUUAUGACUCAGUAUGUCAUAAUUGUCUUAUCUCAUAAUUUCGAUCUUUUUAUCUUGUAAUUAUGACUUAAAGUCAUUAUUUUGACUUAUCUCAUAAUAGUAUGUCAUAAUUAUCACUAAAUAUGUCAUAAUUUGUCAGUUGAAUUUUUAUCUCAUAAUGAUGACAUUUUAUCUCUUAAUUAUAAUUUCAUAUGUCAUGAUUUUGACUUUAGUAUAUUAUCACUUAGUGUCAUAAUUUCAAUUUAUAAUUUUAGUAUGAUAUAAUUUUGAUUGUAUAUCAAUUAUAACAGUAUGUCAUAAAACUUUUAUCUCAUAAUUAUCACUGUCAAUUUUGAAUGUCCAAUUUUUGUCAUAAUUAUGACUUAGUAUGUCAUUGUCUUUUUAUCUCAUAAUUUUCACUUUUUAUCUCAUAAUUUCGACUUUAAUCACAUAAUUAUGAUUUAGUACAUCAUAAUGUCAACUUUUUUAUCUCAUAAUCAUGAUUUGUUUUAAUUUCAUAGGCCUAAUUUAGUAUGUCAUGGUUUUGACUUUUUCUCAUAACUAGUAUUCAUAAUUAUUUUCACAUAAAUCAAAACAGCAUGUCAAACCUUUUUAUAUCAUAAUUAUGACUCAGGAUGUCAUAAUUGUCUUUUAUCUCAUAAUUAUGACUUUUUAUCUUAUAGUAUGUCAUAAUUAUCACUAAAUUUGUCAUAAUUUGGACUUUUUAUGUCAUAAUUUGAUGACAUUUUAUCUCUUGACUUAACUAUUAAUAUAUAUUAAAAAAAUGAUAUAUAAAACUAUAUAUCAAUUAUCACCUAGUGUCAUAAUUUUGACUUAUCUCAUAAUUUUAGUAUAAUAUAAUUUUGACUUUAUAUCAAUUAUAACAGUAUGUCAUAACUUUUUAUCACUUAAUAGGUUAUAAUUUUUACUUUUUGUCAAAAUGUCGAAUUUUUGUCAUAAUUAUGACUUAGUAUGUCGUCUUUUUAUCUCAUAAUUUUCAUUUUAUCUCAUAAUUAUGACUAUCAUAAUUUAAACUUUUUAUUUCAUUAUUUUGAUUUGAAUUUGAAAUCUCAAAUUUGUCAAUUAUAACUUAGUAUGACUCUUCAUCUCAUAAUUUCAACUUUUUAUCUCAUACAUAUGACAUAGAAAGUCAUAAUUAUGUACCGAAGCAUGAUUUUUCUUCUUGUGGCAGAAAGAGCUUCCAUAUCGACGUGUCUGUUUUUGUUUUUCACACACGUGCACAAACGUCACUCUCUUUCCCUCCUGUAUUUUGUGUGAAGGUCGAUUUUUAAAAGGUUCACAACCAGAAGAUCGACACUGAUGUCUAAAAUACAGGACACAUGUAAAUUAUUUCUUUUAUCAAAGCCAUUUCAUAAUAAAACAUUUCAUCUCUGGAG